AUGCUUUUUGGAUUCGGAACAAAUACAUACGGUCAACUUGGGGUUUCGGAAUCAUCGGAUAUUCGUUCACCAACACCUAUUCUUGAAAUAUCACCAUCAAUUGUUUCAGCAGGAGGAAGACAUACUCUUCUUCUCUCGAAAGAUAGGGAACUUUUUGUAGCAGGGAAUAAUAGUUUUUUUCAGUGUUGUACAUCAUCUAGAGUUGAUGGUUUUAUACGUGUGACAGAAGAACGUUGGAUUUCAGUUGCAGCAGGAUGGGAUUUUUCAGUGCUUGCAACAGAAGAUUCAGUUUGGACAUGUGGGCGAGGUGAACGGGGUGAAUUAGGUCUUGGACAAGGUAUUUAUGUAACAGAAUUACAGCAAAUACCAAAUUUUCCUCCUGUUGGGCGAAAAAUUGUUGAUAUAAAGACAGGAGUAUAUCAUGUAGUAUGUUUACUUGAGAAUGGUGAAUGUUGGGGUUGGGGAGAUACAAAAUAUGGACAAUUGGGGCCAGGAAAAUGUGAAUAUGUUUUUAGUCCUAGACGAAUGAAUUUGCCAGAUAAUGUACAGACAAUUGCAUGUGGAAGAGGAUUUACGGCGACACUAACAAGAAGAUUGGAUGUUUGGGGACGCUUACGAGGAUGGAAAAAGGAUGAAUUGCCACAAAUUUCUAUAGAUGAAGUGAAAGCGAUGUAUGCAUCAUGGUCAGGUCUGUAUUUUUUGAUGCAUGAUGGAAAAGUGGUAUCAAUUGGAUGUAAUGAUUAUGGACAACAAUGUCCAAAAUUUUUACCGAGAUUAAGUAAGUUAGCAGUAGGAAGUGAGCAUUGUUUAGGGCUUGGAAUGGAUGGAAAAGUUUAUGGAUGGGGAUGGAAUGAACAUGGAAAUAUUAAGGAGGAUCAAGAUGAUGUUAGGGAAGCAUAUCAAAUAAGAACACAAGGAAAAGCGACAUUUGUUGCAGCAGGAUGCGGAACAAGUUGGAUUUAUAUUGAAAAGACAGAAUUAAGUAAAAAUCCAUAA